GAGAGAGAGGGAGAGGGAGAGAGAGAGAGUGAGAGAGAGAGAGAGAGAGAGAGAGAGAGAGAGAGAGAGAGAGAGAGAGAGAGAGAGAGAAAAAGGAGAUAGAGGGGGAGAGGGAGAGAGAUAGAUGGGGCGAGAAAGAGACACACACACGCACACACAAACACACACACACACACGUGCUAAUUUAACCCUCUCCCUUCCUCCCUUUCCUCUGCUCCUCCUCUGUCUCCUCCUCUUUCCGGUAGGUUCCGCGGGGGUCUGGACGUGUCUCACGGCCAGACGGGCACCCAGUCCGUCUACACGGCCCACAGGGGCCAGGAGAUCAUGUUCCACGUGUCCACCAAGCUGCCGUACACCGAAGGGGACCAGCAACAGCUGCAGAGGAAACGCCACAUAGGAAACGACAUCGUGGGGCUGGUGUUCCAGGAAGAGGCUACACCUUUCGUGCCGGACAUGAUUGCCUCCAACUUUCUCCAUGCCUUCAUCCUGGUGCAGGCAGAGAAGCCCUGCGGUGAUGACACCACCUAUAAGGUGUCCGUCACAGCCAGGGAGGAUGUACCAUCGUUUGGCCCGCCCCUCCCCAACCCGGCAGUCUUCAGGAAGGGCCCAGAGUUCAGAGAGUUCCUUCUCACAAAGCUCAUCAACGCCGAGACGGCGUGCUACAAGAGCGAGCGCUUUGCCCGACUAGAGGAGCGAACGCGGGCAGCUCUGCUGGAUGUUCUCCAUGACGAGCUGCACAGGCGCACCCAGUGCAUGCUGGGAUUGAGCGUGGGUCCAGAGGAAGAGCGCGGAGAAAACGGCCACGCCCAUGGAGGGCUGCUGGAGUCCAUUAAGAGGGCCAUGCGAGGGCGCAGUGUUUCCAUGGAGACCAUGGCGAGGGGGGGCGGUGCGUUGCCCACCAGUCUGAGUGGCGGGGGUCUGGCUCACGUUGGCACAGAGGCGUCUGGUGUGAAGUCUCCAGUCAAAAGACGCUCUGGUCUGUUCCCACGUCUGCUCAGCGUCGACAGCCAGACGGAUAAACAGACCUACCGCAGCCACCUGAGCGAGCAGCGAAGCUUCGACAGCUGCCACCUGGCCCAGGAAGCCAGGCUGGAGACGCCUCCUAGUCCCGGCUCCCCAGAAGCCCACCACAACCGGGACAGGCUCCAUGUCAAACCCAAAGACAGCAACAGAUUUUCCCCGUCCUCGUCGACCAUGGAGGACUUCAACAGCCACCACAUGGCAGAGGCAGAGAACGCUCUGCCGGUCUCCCAUCAUGCAUCUGGGCAGAGCCACUCCUCCUGUCUGAUGGUGGACGGGUCCCCGGCUCCGGUCAUCAUGUGUCGUAGUCCCACAGAGCUGAAGAAAACCUCCCCCAGGUCCAACUUGAAGUUCCGUUUUGACAAGCUAAGCCACUCUUCAGCUGGACAUUAGAAGCCUCUGGUACUAUUCUUGAUGUGACGGACACCAACUCGACGAUAACACGGAACGACGCGAGGGUCCUGAGGACGGUGCGGGUGAGGAAGAGGAUGAGGAAGACUUGGGACUGGACCAUUUUCAUUCAAGAAACGUCACCCACAUCUCAAGAAGUACAGUCAAUGUUUAUUUAUAUGUGAUCUAGUGUCUCCCAAGAGCAAUUGUACAUUGCCCACUCACACAUACACACACACACACACACAAGCACGUACACACACACACACACACACACUCACGCAUGCACACACACACACACACACACACACACACACACACACACACACACACACACACACACACACACACACACACACACACACACACACACACACACACACACACACACACACACACACACACACACACACACGCGCAUAGACAAACACACCUGGGAAGAGAAUGAACUUUGCACAGCUGUGACUCUCUGUCUGCCAGCGAUUGUCAUGUGAUGUUGAAAGAUGAAUUAAUUUAAUUUCGUCCAUUCCUCCCUGAAACCAUAUGAAGUUAUCCCAUUCGUCUCAGGUCAUUUGCUUCUCCCCCAUUGAUCAAAGGACAUCUUCAUUAGAGACAACCAGUGUGUGACGUACGUUUCCUGCCAAAUAAGGGACGGGCAGUUCCACCCUAAUGGGAAACUCCAUUGAGUCUGACAGUGUCUACUCUGCUGAACACAUUUCGGUUUUUGAAGCUGCAAUGAAAGAAAGUGUGAACGUGGCUAGCAUUUUCUAGUACAGCACAUUUGAUAUUCUGUUGCCUUUGUUGCAAAUCCCCCCCCCCCCCCCCCCUUUGUUUUAUAGCAAAUUCAUGAUUUUGGAGUACAUUACUUGAAAAAACGUAGAGUCGUGUAGGUGUCCCCCUCUUUUGUUGUAAACAGGCAACGCACCUUGUUGUGAUUUUGAUGUUAUUAAUAUUUAAUAUUUGUGUUGGUUAUUCAAUGAGUCAGUAACGUUGGAACACGUUCAUUCAGUGAUUGGUGAGCAACUAGAGCUUGUUAAAUCGUAAAAAAAAUCGUACGCACGUUAAUAUUAUUUAUCAAAAUUAUACAAUUCUUCAUUCUUCAUUUAAUAUUAGCCGCAGACAUUAUUCGAUUGAGCAAAGCCUGAACUGAUACCGUUGAAAAGGAAUGGCAGGGCUUACAUAUGCUAUUUUACCCAUGUAUUUUCAGCCCAGUAACUGACUACCUCUCUAUACAUAGUGGAAUGGAGCCUAAUUCUGUUAAAGUGCAGUAAGAUAAAAGUAGUUGUGUCUCCUUUUUUCCAUAGGAACCUGAGCUGUAGGCUACUGUUUUAAUUCUCUCUGUAAUGCUAAGCUAUGUUACAAACCAACCCUAUCCCUAUUUCUAUGCUUUUCCCCUUGCUUAUCAGUGUACAUCUCAUGGAAUAUGUCACAAUUUGCCCAUUAUUUUGCGUUCUCUUUGCACUCAAAUACUUCUCUAGACAUGUUAGGAUAUACUUUAGGAGUUUGACCUCUCAAUCCCUUGUGAAAACUGUUCUCAUUAACCUGAUAUUGUUUUUGCACUAUAUUGGUCAUAAUUUUGUCCGGGGGUUAAACUUCAAACUUCCACCAUAGACUGUAUUAAUUCAUUUAUAAAGACUCUGCAAACAAAUCUCCAUUGAUCAUUCAGUCCCUUGGACCAACAUUUUCGAGUGUCAAAUCAAUUCCUUUGAGUUUUUUCUAAAUGUUGUUGGUUCAGGGGUCGUGACAGAGUGUACACCGUCACGACCGUUUGCUCUACAGCUCGGAGGACCAAAUACACACAGGUGUAACUUCAGCCAAACUGUCCGUUCAGUCCUGUGGCUUCUUGACCACGUAAUGUAUAAUUCAUAUGUUUCCAUCUAACAAAUUGUGAGAUUGAAAUAAUUGUGGUCGUUUCCAAACAAGAGCUAUAUGAUUACUUUAGAUUCAUAUUUUUUAAAGAAUGCGCCCUGUUGGAAAUAGUUUUGAGCAAAAAGUAGCAUAACUGCCAUCUGGUGCGAGAAGGUAAGGGGUGUGAAUUGAACUGCACUGAAUGAGUACAAUGACUGUAUAUAUUCCUCUGAAAAGCCCUUUGUACAUAUAUAAACAGGAUGCUCCCUCGAGAGAUGUAUUAUGCAUAUUGUCUCAGUUGCACUGAAAGCACAAAAAAAAAAAUUUAAUAUAUAUUUCCUUCGUAAUUACACCUUUUUGUGUAAGUUAUCUGAUGUCAUGUGUACAUUGUUUUUGCAAAUUAUGAAUUAUAUUUUAAUUUAAAUCUUAAAACUCUAUGAUGUAGCAUUAAUUAUCGAAAUUGACUUAUACGUCGUGUUCUUGACAGCUCCAGUUAAUCAGUAGCUGUGCAUUGUUGAACAGUGUAUAAAAUGUGCCUCCAGAUACCUAUGGCUGAUGAUUGGCUGCGUAUACACCUGAGGCUUGGUGGAACCUAUACAUAUAUGCCAUUAGACAUCAUGUUCCUAUACAGGAACUCUUUAGUCCAAUAAAGGUCUAUCUGCUUCACCGUUCUAUUGCUGAAUGAAAUACAAUUAAGCACUGUAACUGUUCUGGGCAGCAUAUGUAUUUCGCUUUUUGUUAUUUCUUUACAACGUUUCUCUCUUUCGGAGAGUAGCAAAAUCUCUUCCACGUUUUGUGUUAAUUAUGCGCAUAAUACAUCAGUUAUUGUUGAAUCGAUAUCUGCUGAAUAAAAGUUAUGUAUUUUGUGUCCAA